UAAUCUAAAUUGUCAUUUGUGACUCAGCAGCGAUAAUAUUCGUAUCAAGUGAUAUGAAUAUUACUCCUCUUUACAUGAACCGUGACUCCAAUGCGUGUAUGAGAUCUCGUUAUUACAAUAUAAUAAACUUUCCACUGUCACAUCGUUCGGUCCAAUCUCACAGUGUCGUCACAUCAAGUGUUUCACCUUACGGCUGCGAAUCGGCGUCAUUACUUUUGUUUUUUCCGCUGCUAUAUAUAUAUAUAUUUAUAGGCAAGGAGCUCUAGAGACGCGUCGUGACGGACACGUGACUGGCCGCGACGUUAUCCAACAUCCAAUCCCGAGGUCGUCUCUGACGACAGCGAGCGUUAUCUGCCGGAAGACGAAAAAUAGAUAAACGUCGUCCACGAAGCGGGAUUUCGUCGCGCUAGUACCGUCGCGCCUACGUCGCGGGGAGCACGACGCGCACGAGGAAGCCGAGGAACCGAUCAGCCAGUGCGCGCCUCUCGCGCAUCGCCGGGAGAAGCACUCUUGUUAUCAGUACCAGUCGCCUCCGUCGCCGCCGUCGUGUGCGCAACUCUCACUCGCGACAAGAGCCAGCGCGGCGCACUCCGGAACUGCCCUUACUUUCGUCUCUCGGCAGGGCUCUCCCUCUCUCUCUCGUUCACUCCUUCUGCGUCGCGCGUGUGCUUCCGCCGACAGGCGCUCGGAAGAGUGUGGCACUCUUGUGGCGCGCUGUGCGUCACAACGCGCGUGUUUCUGCACUCCGUCACGCGCAACAACACGACCACACGACAAUGCCGGCGGAGCACGAGAACGGAGAGACGCGGCUGCGAUCGCGCAGAACAAAGAGCGUCACGAGGGCGGAGGAGAUUCGGAAAGCAGAACAGAUGGUCCGCAGGUCGCAGCCUGACAAACCAUGCCAUCGGCCAAGAGAUAGCCUCUUUUCGUGGAGCUCCGGCUUCGAUAACUUCACGGGAUUCGUCAACUGGGGCUUCCUACUGUUGAGCAUCGGCGGUAUCCGGUUACUGUUGGAAAAUUUCAUAAAAUACGGGAUCAGAGUCGAUCCUCGUCAAUGGUUCCUCUUUCUCAGCGGGAGGAGUAAUGGCAGUGAAGAAUAUCCCUCGUUGUUGCUGAUCUUCUAUUCUACCGUGCCGGUGGCCCUUUGUCUGUUGAUUGAGAAAGGAUUGUCUGUGGAUAUCAUAGCUCACGGGCCAGGAAUGGUGUUCCACGUCGUAAACCUCGUAGUGAUGGUACUGAUGCCGAUGGUGGUCAUCCACGUGAAGGAUUCCGGAUUCAGCCUGUUCGGCGCGAUGUACGUGUGUAUGCUGUACGCCAUUCUCUUCCUCAAGUUAUGGUCCUACGUGCAGGUGAACAUGUGGUGUCGCUUGAGCAUUCGAGCGAACGCGGCGCAGGGCAGAAUAAGACGUCGCUCUUUGUCUUACAAUAAUCUUCGCUCUUCCGGCGUUAAACAGAAUGGCGACGUCAUCGACAGCUUAAAGAACGGGACGAACGGCCGCGGGAGUUCAUUGGUGCAAUAUCCCGACAAUCUGAACUUCGCCGACCUCUACUACUUUAUCUUCGCGCCCACCCUCUGCUACGAGCUGAACUUUCCCAGGACACAGAGGACCCGGAAGAGGUUUCUUAUAAAGCGAAUCGUGGAAGUCGUCGUGGGAUUGCAAGUGGUGAUGGCGCUUUUCCAGCAGUGGAUGAUUCCCUCCGUGAAAAAUUCGCUCAUCCCCUUCAGCAAUAUGGACGUAGCCAAGGCCUCCGAGCGUCUUCUCAAGCUGGCGAUACCGAAUCACCUAGUGUGGCUCUGCUUCUUCUAUCUGGCAUUUCACUCUUUCCUCAAUCUGAUGGGUGAGCUGCUGCACUUUGCGGAUCGGAAUUUCUACUGCGAUUGGUGGAACGCCAACAAUAUCGACACGUUCUGGAGAACUUGGAACAUGCCGGUGCAUCGUUGGGCUGUACGGCAUCUUUAUAUUCCGAUUGUCGAGAUGGGCUAUAGUAAGACCACAGCGUCGGUGACCGUCUUCUUUAUCAGCGCUUUCUUCCACGAGUACCUUGUAAGCGUGCCUUUAAAGACAUUCAAGAUAUGGGCGUUCAUGGGUAUGAUGGGACAGAUACCACUGUCGGUGCUGAGCAAGAUGGCCGAACGAUACUUGGGCGCCAGAUACGGCAACAUCGUCGUGUGGGCGAGCCUCAUCAUCGGCCAACCACUUUGCAUAAUGAUGUAUUACCACGAUUACGUUGUGACUCAUUUCGGUGAGUCUCUGAUCGAGGACUACUCCGUGGUGUAAGCGACGCAAUGAGACAGAACGGAGAAAGUUCCGGGGAAAAAGAAGACCUCCAAAGAGAUACACUCGCGAUCGUUCUCACCCCUUCUGCCCCCAUCCUUCUCUCUCUCCCUCUCUCUCUCUCUCUCUCUCUCUCUCUCUCUCUCUUCCUUUUGUUUCGUUUCUUUUCGUUUUGUUUGUUCGUUUUUUCUUUUUUUUUUUGCUCAAUUUUCUUCGAUAUUGCGUUUGUUGAUUGCGAAAUACAUACAGCUUCCCGUGCAAAUAUCUUCCGCAUUCUAAAGCCGUCGCGCCCUCGUUUCAUCAUUGCGCGAUAAACUACACCUGUGGGAAUAUUCGAUACUGUGCAUGUGCCUUAAAAUGUAACUUCCCGCUGGAUGGAACGUUGAAAGCCGCUAUAGCACAAUGCGAGUCCAAACGCGGUGAAACGAGGCGAACAAAUUGAUGGGAAUCAUUCAAAAAUACGAUUACGUUUCACUAAAAUCUGUACAUACAUGUGUAUACCAAUUGCACUAGUGUAACUGCGAAAUCUAAUAAUUUUUAUACGAUAACUUUUUAACAGUGCUUCCUCGCCACACACGAGCGAACUUGUUGUUGAAUAAACAGAAUAUUUUGUA